CGAGGCGGAGCGGGGCUCCCGAGCUGCGGGCGGGGGGCCGGGCCGGGAGCACCGGCGGAGGAAGCGGGGCCGCCGGGUGCCCGGGAGGGCGGGCGGGUGCCCGGGCAGGCCCUGAGGAUGUCGGACGGGAUCAUGAGCAAGGCCGCCACCAUGGAGAUCCCCAUCAGCAGCAACGGCGACACGGGCAGCCUGCCAGAGGACGACGGCUUGGAGCAGCUGCCUGUGCUCCUCCCUCCGCUCCAGGACCUGCAGCAGGUGAUGGUAUCGGGGCCCAACCUCAAUGAAACCAGCAUUGUCUCUGGCGGCUACGGGGGCACGGCUGAAGGCAUCAUCCCCACCAGCACCAUCAAAGCCCCUCCAUUUCCAGGCUGUCUUGUCCAACCUCACCCACCCCGAGGACCAUCCGUCUCCCCCAGUGCAUCUGCCGCCAGCAGGAUGGCCAACCAGGCUGGUGCUUCAGCAGGCUCCGGACUGCACCAGCCCCACCCCAGCCCAGCCGUCGGAGGAGAGGAAGUUGUCCGUGGCAUCGCUGUGGAGAAGUUUGACAUUGUCAAGAAAUGGGGUAUCAACACGUACAAGUGUACCAAGCAGCUGAUCUCAGAGCGGUUUGGCCGGGGCUCCCGCACUGUGGACCUCGAGCUGGAGACGCAGAUUGAGCUGCUCCGGGAGACAAAGCGCAAGUACGAGUGUGUGCUGCAGCUCGCACGGGCUCUCACCAACCACUUCUACAGCCUGGUGCAGACACAGCAUGCCCUGGGGGAUGCCUUUGCGGACCUCAGCCAGAAGUCUCCUGAGCUGCAGGAGGAGUUUGGUUACAACGCAGAAACGCAGAAACUGCUCUGCAAGAACGGAGAAACACUACUGGGAGCUGUCAACUUCUUUGUCUCCAGCAUCAACACGCUGGUGAACAAGACCAUGGAGGACACGCUCAUGACGGUCAAACAGUACGAGACAGCCAGGCUGGAGUACGAUGCGUACCGCACAGACCUGGAGGAGCUGAGCAUGGGCCCUCGGGACGCUAGCACCCUGUGCCGGCUGGACGCAGCCCAGAGCCAGUUCCAGAGCCACAAGGACAAGUACGAAAAGCUGCGUGCUGAUGUGGCCAUCAAGCUCAAGUUCUUGGAGGAGAACAAGAUCAAGGUGAUGCACAAGCAGCUACUGCUCUUCCACAACGCCAUCUCUGCCUACUUCGCUGGAAACCAGCAGCAGUUGGAGCAGACCCUCAAGCAGUUCAACAUCAAGCUGAAGACCCCCGGUGCUGAGAAGCCCUCCUGGCUGGAGGAGCAGUGAGCCGCCCCCUCUGCCCCCCGCGUGCUCUGGCUGGGGGCACUAUGGACCUAAAUUCCGACCUCUGCCCGCUGGUGCGGGGCCGGGCCGCGUGCUCGCGGAGUGAGCAGGGGACGCGGCCUGGGCCCUGCUGCAGCUGGGCUUCGCCCACCGGGUAUGGGGGGGCCUGGUUUGGGGGGAGAGUGGGAGGCUUCAAGCGUGGCCCUGGUCCUGCCUGGGGAGAGGAACCCGGAGAGGCCGGGGCUCCCCCGUCCCGCGUCUCCCCCUUGGGGCAGAGCCCAGCCCUGCCCAGCUCAUCCACGCUCCCUUAGCACAGACCGCCGGCAUGACAGCCGGGAGCCCUCCCUGCCUCCUGGCACCCUGGGGGGUAGCAGACCCCUCCCUCACUGGGGACUCGUGCCCCAGACCCCACCGCAUGCCUUGGGUGGGGUGGGACACUCCACAGCUCUCCCUCUGCCUCCCCUGGGACAGGAUGGGGGAGCGUGCCCCCCCGCCACCAGGCCUCCUCUGUGGGGCUCCCCACUCCCUGGGGCCCAGCCCAGGAAUACCCCUGCCCUGCGGCAGAAGUGUUCGUUUCCAAAUGAAGACGAAGCUAUGGAGGGAUGGCACCUGGACGGCCAGGUCCCCUCCCUGGCCCGGGGGGGCUUGUGGCUUCCCAGCCCCCGCGGCUGGCAGCAGGGGCUGCUGCCUUCUCUCCCAGCUUUGGGGUUGCUCCGUCUCCCUCCUGGCUGAUCCCUGGUGUUUCCCAGGUAGCUGCUCUUGCACUCCCUCCCCAGCCGAACUGGGGGCCGCCCCCCCAGCCUCACACUACACUCCCCCAUGUGCAGGGUGAGCCAUGCUGGCUGCUUCCAGGGCCGCGCUUCCCCGGUCUGGUGGGGGGCCCAUCCUGGGGGCUGGGGGGGACCCUGCGCACUGCUGCUAGCAAAGUGUGGGCAGGUGGGUGCUGGGCAGAUGCGGGUCUUCUCGCCACCCUGAUGCUUGGGCCCUGUUGGGGCCACCGGGCUGCAGGGACUUCAACCAAGGACCAAACGCUGGCCGUGUCCCGGGCAGGUGCAUGUGCAUGUCUGUCUGCGUGUGCUAAGGGUGCAUGUGCCGAGGGUGCGUGUGCCAUGCACAGCGGGGCCGGGCCUCAGCCAGCGUCCCAGGGGCCAGAGCUCUGUCCUGCUCCAGCUGAGUGUUGCUUCCAGCCCUGGCCACAUGCAGCACUUGGGCACUUUCUCCUGAGACAAAACAGUUUGUUUUUCUUGCUAAUUUAAUCCCUGGUAAUUUAAUGUCUGGAUCUGACAACCCCCCCCCCCCCCCCCCUUUCCUGGUGAAGGUCUGACUCCCUCUUCCCUCCCAACUUCUGUAAGACUCCAGAAUAAAGCGGUACGGAUCGCU